AGGAGACAAUGUGAUUUCUGCCUCACCCAAUAGUUUCAUUUGUCAUCUUUAAAAACAUAAAAUAAAUAAACACAUUCCGUAAUGUGUUUAUAAGCCGGUCUGAAGAACUAUCGAGACAGACAAAUGCAAGGCAAAAGUUACAAGAUGCCAAGAGAGAGCAAAUUUAUCCUUUUAAAAUGUCACUUUACCUUAUUAAAGUUUAAAUGAACGUAAGGUACACUAAAAUUUCUUCUCGUGAAGUUAAUGAACGCAUUAUAAUUUAGUCUAACAACUUUAACACAACUUUGAUGAUGAUGUUAAGAGAUGCUCUGAGAAGAAACAUUGAGCUUUACAACGAACCUUCACAUCUGGUAGCACUUGCUUAUGUUUGAAAUUUUCAUUCUGCAAGAUACUUUAAAUCUUUUUUUAUUACCAUCUCCUACUCUUAAACAACAUAUAGCAAUGUCAGAAAACGUGUUGCUGCCUCGAGAAUCUGGUGAAUAUAUUGUGAAGAAUGCAGUUAAUGUUGAAGUUAAGCCGUCCGGUAUUCAAAAUCUUACUAAGGAAAUAGUAGAGGGCAUAUUAAGUAAGCGUAUAAUUGUGGAUCAAUUCAUACAGCAUCCGCUCCAUCCCAAAUCAACAGAUGCACACGCUGUUGAAUGGUUUUUUGUUGUUGAUACAUUAAAUUUCUGUUUUUGGACGCCAACUGAUUAUAAUAAAUAUAAAGUAAAUGGACAAAGCGGUUAUUUUGCUUUAUGUGCAGCCAUAAAUCGAGCUUUGCAAGAUGGUCUAGAUUUAACAAAUCCCAAGUGUUAUUCUACCUUAUCGUUAGAAGCGUUACAAGACAUAUUUCGUUCAGACGACGGCAAAACACAAAUUCCCCUGUUGGAAGAGCGUUUAAUUUGCCUUCAGCAGGUCGGGAGCAUAUUACUUGAUAAAUGGCAAGGGAAAUUCGAAAAUGUCUUAAAGUCUGCUCAAGGAUCUGCCUUAAAGUUAUUGCAAACUAUUGCCGAACAAUUUCCUUGCUUUCGGGAUGAGGCUGUUUAUGCCGGCAAGCGGAUAUCACUGUAUAAAAGAGCUCAAGUAUUAAUCGGCGACGUGUGGGCAUGUUUUGGUGGUCGAGGCUUAGGAAAUUUUAAAGAUUUGCAUCACAUAACCAUGUUUGCAGAUUAUCGAGUACCGCAAGUUCUAGUACAUUUUGGUGCCUUAGAAUAUAGCGCAAAACUAAUGAAUAUAUUGAAGGCUGAUAAAAUCUUACAAAAUGGCGAUCCCAUGGAAGUAGAGAUACGCGGAGCUUCUAUUUAUAUUGUUGAACAAGUUAAAGAUGCAGUCCUGACGUUAUUGACAGACAAAUAUCCCGAAAUUGACACAUCUACUGUGAAUUCGAUAAUGAUAGACCAUUAUUUAUGGGGCUAUAGAAGGCAGCAUUCCACAGAUUUAGAGUAUAUACCAUUUCAUAAAGUAUUAAGUAUUUAUUACUAGUGAACAAAAUC